AGCAGACUUUUUGUAAGCCAAAUUUUCCACUGUGCAGCCAUGGACUCGGCGUCGACCAAGAAGGUUCUGGAUAAAUUCCAGGUGGCUGGAAUGGCCUCCUUCAAGAAGGUGGCCAACAAAGAGCUCCGUCCCAUGAGCGCGCUGAGGUGCAAAUUAUGCUUCACACUCCUGCUGUACUUGAUAUCUUUCUACGUCAUUUCAGAUCUGGACUGGGCCUUCACGGAGAGUUGGGAACUUCCAGUGCUGGAGGUUAACAACAUCACAAGCAGCACCUUGCUGCUAGAGCUGAAGGACUGCAACAUGGACUUGCAGUGGAGGGAGGGGAGCUCCAUCACGGUCAGAGAGACGACCUUGGUGCCAGAUGGUGACCAUCAGCUGCAUGUGUCCUGGAAUGAAACCAGCGACGUCUUGAGAGUAAUCUGCUCUGGCCCUUCACUGGAAGGGGACGCGGUGACCGUGCAAGUGCAGGUGGGCAGUGCGAUUCACUUCAACUUGGUGGAGCUGACCUUCGAACCCGGGGGCAGGAGCUUAUUCCGAAGCGCGCCGUACGUGAACUUGGGGGACAACUUCACGGUGUCCGGGGACGACGGUAUUCUGCAGAUCUACCCCAGCAGAAUCGGGAGAAUGUCGGUGCAGCUGGACUCCGGAUUCAUAUUUCUUUACGAAGUCGACUUCGACGAGGCGAGCUUUGUCUUGGGCAAUGAAGUUGAUGUGUACCUGUGGCAGGAUACCUAUCAUCGUAGUGUGAAUGUUCAUUUGCAGACCGGUGACGGUCUAAACGCGUCUUCGGGGCUUUGCUUGUCGGACGCUGGGGGGAUGCCAUCGCUUUCCGCCUCCGAUUGGGGCGAGUACGACUAUGGCUUCUCCUUGGGCUCAAGCUGGUGGCCCCGGAUUCUGAACAUCUCGCGGGGCAACGCGAACAGUCGGCUGUUUCUGACCCACGGGGUCUGGAGGAGCCACCGGAACUGCGGCAACACCUUGGACUCGGUGGCGAAGAUGGAGGCCCGGCUGGACGCGUCCUUCAGCACCUGGUCCACCGAGGUGGCCGAAAGCGGCUCGGAGCUGAUGAACCUGUGGCUGCUGGGCGCCUCCCUGGGCACGGAGAUCCAGUCCAUGAGCUCCCGGGGCUUCUGGAUCUUCUCCCAGUUCGGGGACGCGCUCACCUGGUUCCCCGUGAGCCUCUGGAACAUCUUCACCCUGGGCAUCUUCUCCCCGCGCACCGCGCGCGGGGUGUUCCUGGUGAAGGACUCCUUGUGCCUGCCCAAGCGCGACAGGAUCACCGUGGGAAAGUCGAACUGCCGGCCCAUGAACUCGACGGAGGAGUCCCUGCACACCCAAGUGGUCGAGCGAUGCACGAAGGCCUGGAGGAAUAGCUUGCCGGAUGCCUUGAACUUGACCAACACCCGGAAUGGCCGCAUCUACUACGUGUUGCAUCAUUUCCAUGAGGGCAACACAUGGUUGCCCGCUUUGGCCCAUGGAGCCAUAACGAUCAUGUCAGCCAGUACCAGUGCCUUUGUGAAGUUAGUCCAUGGGCCCGAGCACUUGAGAGGCGCUGGUGGGCUUGUGUUUGUCACAGUCAUGAUCCUGCUGGCUGUGGGAGGAGGGGCGUUUGCUUGCCUCCUGGUGGCAUCCUUGUACAGGAUGCAAAGAAAGAGGUACAUGAAGGCCAGAGGCACGGAUAAGAAGAACAAGGCCAUUCGGGAUAUGCAAGAAAUGGAGGCCAGAAGCAAUCUGCUGAUGACCUUGGUGCGGUGCUUGGUUCUACGUUCGCCUUCCGGCAAAGCCUCCGUUACCCCACUGAAAGCAGCUCAGUUGUGCCUCGGCCACUUUGUCGUCAUGCAAUUGCUGAUCACGCCACUGGUGCUCGUAGCAAUUUUGAAUGUUUCCAACAUUCCAGAGCUGCGCACAAUGUGCAACUUCAAUGAAUGGAUGGAAGGAACUUGCAUAUAUAUUCGCCACGCUUUUGUCUCGAGUGGAAUUCUCUCUGCCGCAUUCGUCAUGAAUUCCAUUUUCUUCCUCAACACGGUUCUAGAAUACGUCACUCGCCACGGGAUUGAUGUGGCCGAAGAAACAGGGACCUGCCCUAAAAUCUACAAGGUCGCCAUGAUGCUGCGUGCGUCCUGUGCGUACCGCGCUUUUUUGACCGCCGGCUUCUUGGCGUCGCUCUUCUUUUUUUGCGCUUACUUCAUUUUGGUGAUCAUCUUCGUGCUGCUGGGAACGCUCUUGAAGCCAGAGCGGCUAGCACCCAUUCUGGUUGCCAUCGGCGGAGCAGUGGUGGUUGCCCAACAAAUGACGCAGAAGUUCAACGAGUUUGUGGAGAAGGCGAAGGUGAUGGCCGCAGAGUGGUUGGCCAAAAACAUCAACCAUGCUUUGGAGCUAGGCAAGGAGGCUCUUGGUGAACACGUGGAAGGAAUGGCAGGCUCGAUUAUGGAUGCUUCCCCCUUUGCAAAGGAAGCCCUGGCCCGAGUGGGCGUGAGUGCAGAUUCCUUCAGUGCUGAGAAGAUUGAGGGCAUGGCGGGUUCACUCAUCAACUCAGUUGCCGAAGGGACCCUUGCGCAAGUCAGCAAUGCAGAUUCCUUUGACAUGGAGACAAUGAUGAGCAACAUGCGGCACGCUGCAGCAAAUUCUGCUGCCUCUGCUGUAGCUCAGGCGAAGGGCGCGGCAGGCUCUGUCGUGACUUCAGCUGCGCAGGAAGCUUUAGCCCAAGCCCACCUUGGUGAACACGUUGAAGGAAUGGCAGGCUCGAUUGUGGAUUCUGCCCCAUUUGCAAAGGAAGCCCUGGCCCGAGUGGGCGUGAAUGCAGAUUCCUUCAGUGCUGAGAAGAUUGAGGGCAUGGCGGGCUCGCUCAUCGACUCAGUUGCCGAAGGGACCCUUGCGCAAGUCAGCAAUGCAGAUUCCUUCGACAUGGAGACAAUGAUGAGCAACAUGCGGCACGCUGCAGAAAAUUCUGCUGCCUCGGCUGUAGCUCAGGCGAAGGGCGCGGCAGGCUCUGUCGUGACUUCAGCUGCGCAGGAAGCUUUAGCCCAAGCACACCUUGGUGAACACGUUGAAGGAAUGGCAGGCUCGAUUGUGGAUUCUGCCCCCUUUGCAAAGGAAGCCCUGGCCCGAGUGGGCGUGAGUGCAGAUUCCUUCAGUGCUGAGAAGAUUGAGGGCAUGGCGGGCUCGCUCAUCGACUCAGUUGCCGAAGGGACCCUUGCGCAAGUCAGCAAUGCAGAUUCAUUUGACAUGGAGACAAUGAUGGGCAACAUGCGGCACGCUGCAGAAAAUUCUGCUGCCUCGGCUGUAGCUCAGGCGAAGGGCGCGGCAGGCUCUGCCGUGACUUCAGCUGCGCAGGAAGCUUUAGCCCAAGCCCACCUUGGUGAACACGUUGAAGGAAUGGCAGGCUCGAUUGUGGAUUCUGCCCCAUUUGCAAAGGAAGCCCUGGCCCGAGUGGGCGUGAAUGCAGAUUCCUUCAGUGCUGAGAAGAUUGAGGGCAUGGCGGGCUCGCUCAUCAACUCAGGUUCUGAAGGGGCGCUUGCGCAAGCCCUCGGAAAUGCAGAGAUGACUUCAACUUUGCAAGAAGCCUUAGCCAAAGCCGGGGUAAGCGCAGAUGCCUUGAACGCCGAGCUGGUUAUGGACCAAGCGCGGCGCGCCGCUGCAGUUGGUGCUGCUUCCGGGCAAGCGGAGGGCACGGCAGGCUCUGUCAUGACUUCAACUUUGCAAGAAGCCUUAGCCAAAGCCGGGGUAAGCGCAGAUGCCUUGAACGCCGAGCUGGUUAUGGACCAAGUGCGGCGCGCCGCUGCAGUUGGCGGUGAUGCCAGUUCUGAUGCGUUGCUUCAACGAGUUGCGGGAUGUUUGCCUGGCAUCGUCGACGAGGAUGCUCUCAGACUCGGGCCCCUGAAAAAUGGAGCGGACCCGAUGGCCAUGGCUAAGGGCGUGCUUGUGACUGGAAUGAAGGAAGCUCCUGGUGUCGCAGACGGCCUGACUUGCGCAGCAUCCAUUUCAAAUGGUUUGGUGGAGGGCGCCCAGGAUGCGGUCAUUGAUGUCAACACCUUGAGCCCAAUUGCUGAGACAUCCGAUGGCGAGAAACCCCGCGGAUUGCUUAGGUCGCUGACGGCUGCAGUUGGGAAUGUGGUUCAAGAUGUGGAGGCAGCUGUGGGGGAUGUGGUAGGCGACGAGGACGAGCCUAUGGACCUGGAAAAUGUGCUUGUGAUGCUGGGCCUGAGCAAAGGCCAGCUGCUGCUGCUGAACAUCAACGCGGUGCUGCUGUUUUUGUGCUUCGUGGGCUUCUGCCUUGUGGGGUCCAUGCUCUUUCUGGGUCCAGGAAUGGACGCCUUGAUCCCCCAGCUCACAUCAACGGUCGCCACCUUGACCGGCGCGGUGGGAAUGAUCCGAUCCAAAGGCCAGGAGAUCAAGAAUGCCGACUUUUCUGCGAUGUCCGGCGCUCUCAAGGACGCCGCGCAUCAGCUAGAACAUCCAGAUGUACAGGCCAAGAAGGAGCAGUGAUGACUCCACCUAUGCACCUUUGCCAAGCAAAGGAGCUGCGUGCAACCUGUUGCUUCCACAUGCAAAGCAUUGGCCGGUACGUCUACUCUCAAAGUUUUCGCAAGAUGCGGUGCAUCAGCUAGAUCAUCCACAUAUUGCCAGUGA